CCCCGACGCCCACUCCCCUGUCCGCAGUGUCUCCUCCCGCGGACAUGGCCCCGGUGUUCUCGGCGAGCGCCCGCCAGGGGCCAUGAUCCGGCUGCGCGGCUGGUGCGCGCGGAGGCCCCGCGGCGCAGCGGUGCCUGCGGGGCCCGCUGGGCUGCGCUGGGCGUCGGGCGGGCCUGCCGGCCGCGCCCUGCGGGUGCUGGUAGACAUGGACGGCGUGCUGGCCGACUUCGAGGGCGGCUUCCUCAGGAAGUUCCGCGCGCGCUUCCCCGACCAGCCCUUCAUCGCGCUGGAGGACCGGCGCGGCUUCUGGGUGUCGGAGCAGUACGACCGCCUGCAGCCCGGGCUGAGCGAGAAGGCGAUCAGCAUCUGGGAGUCGGAGAAUUUCUUCUUUGACCUCGAGCCUCUGCCAGGCGCUGUGGAGGCUGUGAAGCAGAUGGCCAACCUGGAGAGCACGGACGUCUUCAUCUGCACCAGCCCCACCAAGAUGUACAAGUACUGUCCCUUCGAGAAGUACGCCUGGGUGGAGAAGCACUUCGGCCCUGACUUUCUAGAGCAGAUCGUGCUGACCAGAGACAAGACCGUGGUCUCCGCCGACCUCCUCAUAGACGACCGCGUGGACAUCACAGGGGCCGAGCCGAACCCCCGCUGGGAGCACGUGCUCUUCACGGCCUGUCACAACCGGCAUAUGCGGCUGCAGCCCCCCGGCCGCAGGUUGCACUCAUGGGCAGACGACUGGAGGGCCGUCCUGGACAGCAAGCGGCCCCGCUGAGCUGGCUGAGCCCCGGCCCCGCACGUUGCCCGGCCUGGCCUUACACGCACCUCGGGGCAAGGCUGGCCCAGGGCCCUGGACAGGACACGGGCGGCCAGGCCGACCUCAGGCCUCCGGUCAGGGAGGAGCCCGGGGCGUUGUUCAGAGGGGACAGCCCUCCCCUCCCUCAGGGAAGCCCCCUCCCCGGCCAGCAGCCGCCUGGUCUGAGGGUGACGUAGGAGCAGGUGGGGACAACCGCCCCGCUCUGAACCACGGCCCCUGCUGCCCGACGCCCAGGGGGUCUCCCCCGUGGACCUGCCCCGGAUCCAGCAAACACGGUGCGAGUUCUGGGCCGUGCCAGGCUCUGUGCCAGGGGUCCUCCCUGGGCCCCGCCUCUGACCGGCUAGAGGGCUCUGCCCCCCUCCCGCUCCCCCCACCCCGGGGGCCGAAGGCUUAGAUGUUCGCUGAAGGCGUGAACAAUAAAUGCUGUUCUCUAGUCCCCGCCCCAAGGUCCUCCGGCAUCUGGCCCCCGGGCGCCCACCUGUCCCCCUGCGCUGCUGAGAGCCUGGGUUGGGGGUGCAGCUUGGUGGGUCUGCCUCGCCACGGGGCCGCAUGGGGCCAGGAGGGACGGGCCCCGACGGUGGCGCAGGUGGCAGCGCUGGCGGCUGUGGUGUCCCCGGGCGGGAAUUGCCCCUGUAACCGGCCACCCACGGCCCGCGCUUUCUUGCCCGCUCCUGCCCCCACUGUGCUCCCCACGGCUGCUCUCCUGGGACCCCCUGGUUGUCCCUUGGGCCCCGGGGGUGGGUCGGGCAGGAGCAAGGGUGAGGAGAGCGGCCGGUGGGUCCUGACUGGAGGGUAUCAGGGCUGCAUCACGUGGGCUGGAGGCCCCUGGCCCGAGCAGGGUAGUGUCCGGAGGAGUCCCGGCCACCCUGGCCUGUGGCCUGGGAAGGAAGCGAGACCCUGGGACUCCGGGGGCACAGGAGAGCAGGUCACACGCGCCACGGGGUGUGUCACCUUCUUCCUGGGCUCUUUACUCUGCCUGCUCGUGCCGGCGGCCAGCAGCAGCCUGCCCACUGGGCCCUUUGCA